CACACACACACACACAGACACACACACACACAGUCACGGCCUCUCCCGGGAACUGUUCCGUGUUUCUGCUGCUUCCAUCGGCUAACGAACCGCCGGACAGAACCGGACAGAAUCCGAACCCGCUCGGUUCCUAACGGCUCCGGUCGAACCCGGAAGUGCUCUUUGUUUAGCUCUUAUAUGAGGACGUGCUGUGUUUGCGGUUAUGGGACAGAACCGCUGUUAGCGGGACUUUGAACCAGUUUUAAGGGACGCUGGGUGGAGACCGACCGCAGGCUAACUCCGCUCUUCAUCAGGCUCUUCAUCAGGCUCUUCAUCAGGCUCUUCAUCAGGCUCUUCAGCGGCCGCCAUGGCGGGACGACGCUCGGCUCUCGGGCUGCUCGUCCUGGUUCUCGUCGUCCACCGCGGCGGCUCCUUCAACCUGGACGCCGACAACCCCUCCGUGUACUCCGGCUCUCAGGGCAGCUACUUCGGCUUCUCGGUGGACUUCUUCAAACCCGCAGACAGCCAGAGGUCCUCUGUUCUGAUUGGAGCUCCUCGGGCUAACACCUCAUCUGACAUAGUUGUGGAGAGAGGAGCAGUGUACAGCUGUCCCUGGAGGAGCUCUUCCUCCUGCCAGCAGCUGCAGUUCGACAUCACAGAUAACAGGAGGAACGCAGAGGGGGCUCAGAUGGAGUUUAAGUCCAAGCAGUGGUUCGGUGCCUCGGUCCGAUCUAAUGGAGAACACAUCCUGGCCUGUGCUCCCCUGUACCAGUGGUCCACCUUUGGUGUCUCUGAGCGAGAGCCGGUGGGAACGUGUUACCUGAAGAAAGGCAGCAAAGUGGUCGAGUACUCGCCCUGCAGAUCAGAUGCUAACUCACCAGAGGGGCAGGGCUUCUGCCAGGCCGGCUUCAGUGCCGACUUCCUUAAGAAGAACAACAAAGUGGUGGUGGGAGGACCUGGCAGCUUCUACUGGCAGGGCCAGCUGAUUUCUGAUGACAUCGCUGAGAUUUUUACCCGGUUUGACCAAAAAUACAUCACCCCGUACGGAAACACCCUCGCCACCAAGUCGGCCAGCGCCCAGUAUGAUGACAGUUACCUUGGAUACUCUGUGACCGUUGGAGACUUUAACGAUGAUGGAAAAGAAGAUUAUGUGACUGGAGUUCCUCGUGGGGAGAAGGCGCUGGGUUAUGUGAACAUCUUCAACGGCGUCAACAUGGAGUCUGCGUUCAACGCCACAGGAACGCAGAUGGCGGCCUACUUUGGACAUUCAGUAGCUGCGACUGAUGUUAACAAUGACGGUCUGGUGGACCUGUUGGUUGGAGCUCCUCUCUUCAUGGACAGAGGGUCUGAUGGGAAGCUGAGGGAGGUUGGACAGGUGUCUGUGCACCUGGGUCGUGGUGGGUUUUCCUUUCAUUCCCCUCAGCCACUCACAGGGUCGGAGGUUUACGCCAGAUACGGCUCUGCCAUCGCGGCGCUGGGAGACCUGGACAUGGACGGUUUCAACGAUGUGGCUAUCUCUGCUCCUUACGGAGGCCCCGACCGUAACGGUUUAGUCUACAUCCAUAAUGGCCGCCCUUCAGGGCCCGACCCUUCACCUUCCCAGGUCCUGCAGGGAAAAUGGGCGUCCAGCUACAUGCCUGCUAGCUUUGGAUACUCCAUGAAUGGGAAUACUGACAUAGACCAGAAUGGAUAUCCAGAUUUAAUAGUGGGAGUGUUCGGAGCAGACAAAGCUGUUUUGUACAGAGCACGUCCCGUGAUCAGCGUGAACGCCACAUUAGACAUCACGCCUCAGAUCAUCAACCCAGAGGAAAAGACCUGCUUUCUUCCUGGUAGCAGCACUCUGGUGUCCUGUUUUAAGGUGAAGUACUGUCUGAAGGCCAGCGGCCGCGGAGCUCCGGCUACUCUCAGUUUCCGCGUGGAGCUCAUGUUGGACCGUCUGAAGCAGAAGGAGGCGACUAAACGCGUCCUCUUCCUGCACAGUCAGACCUUUCAGUACUCUAAGAUCACCACGGUGUCCAACGGCAAAGGCCCGAGCUGCGAGGAGCAGGAGGUCUACCUGAGGGACGACCGGGAGUUUCGGGAUAAGAUCACUCCCAUCUCCGUGGCAAUGGAGUACAAUCUGGACUACAAGCUGGCUGCAGACCAAACCGGACUGCUGCCCAUCGUCGACAUGUCGACCCCGACCAACGUCACCAAGCAGGCUCACAUCCUGUUGGACUGUGGAGACGACAACAUCUGUAAACCCGACCUGAGGUUGUCGGUGAAGAGCGACCGUCAGCAGAUCUACAUCGGGGAUGAUAACGCUCUGACUCUGGAGAUCAGCGCUGAGAACCAGGGAGAGGGAGCGUACGAGGCCGAACUCCACGUCUACCCUCCGCAGCAGGCCGACUUCACCGGGGUCGUCCGCAGUCAGACCCUCAGCAGGCUCUCCUGCGCCUACAAGAAAGAGAACCAGACCAAGAUGGUGGUGUGCGACCUGGGAAACCCCAUGAAGGGAGGAACCAAGGUCCAGGCAGAGUUGCGGUUCAGCGUGCACCAGCUGUCGGAGGAGGACACCUCCAUCAAGUUCGACCUGCAGAUGGUCAGCUCCAACCAGUUCAAUAACACCAGUCCUCGAGUCUCCAGCGUCACCCAGCUGGCUAUCCUUGCUAAAGUGUCCAUCAGAGGGACGUCGUCUCCCGGACAGGUUCUGCUUCCCAUCGCCAACUGGAAACCUAAAGAGCCUCCAGAGGUCGGAGACGACAUCGGACCACAGAUAGUUCACGUCUAUGAGCUCCUGAACAAUGGGCCCAGUACGUUCAGUAAGGCGGCGCUGGAGGUGGACUGGCCGUACCAGUACAAGAACGGCUCACUGCUCUACAUCACCAGCUACGAUACGGAGGGACCCAUCAACUGCACCACGGACAUCGAGAUCAACCCGCUCAAAGUCCUGAACCCAUUGUCCUCAGCAAACACCAGCUCGGCUCCAACCGGAGGACGAGAGGCUGAGGGACGAAACCAAAACCACGUCCGUAAGAGAGACCUGGAGUCCAGAGAUGCACAGAGUGACCAGCAAACACUGGACUGUAGCACUGCAGACUGUCUGCGGUUGAAAUGUCAGGUCGGUCGUCUGGAGAGGAGGAAGAACGCCAUCCUCUUCAUCUACUCCCGACUGGCUGUCAACAACUUCCUUAGGACUGAGAAUCAGAAUCGCUCGUAUGUGAUUCGAUCUACAGCCUCAUUCAAUGUCAUCGAGAUGCCGUACAAGAAGCUGGUGUCGGAGCUACCGUCCAAUAGUACUACUGUGAGUCUGUCGGUGGUGUGGGUGGCAGAAAUUCCUCAGUCGGUCCCAGGCUGGGUGGUGGCUCUAGCUGUGCUGGCGGGACUGCUGCUGCUGGCGCUGCUCAUCUUCAUCAUGUACAAGUUGGGUUUCUUUAAGCGGGUCCGCCCCCCCCAGGAGGACUGCACUGAGAAAGAGCAGCUGCAGCCAGAGGAGAACGGCAACGCUGACGCCUAGAGGUCGAACCCUGAGGACCGUCACCCCCUCCACACCCCCCCUCCGUCCGUGCAGAAACAAUCAGGGUAAAAUGUCUGUGAGGAGCGUUUCACUGUAUUCACUGUUGAGUAGCAGAUUAUGGUACUGGUACUGGUUUAAGGUUUUGUUUUUAUUUUCUUGUUGUGUUUGUGCCAACUUGGGUCAGAGGAACUCCUCAACGCUCAAGAAUUCAUAUUUGAAGGUUAAAGGAAUAGUUCAACAUUUAUAUUGAGAGUGAGAUGUUCGGAUUGAUGCCAAGCUGCAGCCAGUUAGCUUAGCUUAGCAUACAGACUGGUCACAGGGGGAAACCUGGCUCUGUCCGAAGGUAACAAAAUCCACCUACCAGCACCUUGAAAGCUCUCUGGUUAACACAAAUCAUACAGCAGGUUAUGAGGGUUUAUUUUCUCCUGUUGGUUUUUGUGCGGAUUAAAAAACAAGAUCUAAAGUGAGCUAAUUAGUGACUUUAGAGGUUCUGGUGGAUUGAUUUAGAGCCAGACAAAUGUGGAACUACUCCUUUAACACACUGAGCAAGAAUUCUUCAUGAUAAUCUGUAACUCCAACAUUCAAAUGAGGCUUUUUCUUCUGGAGAUUGGAGGCUUUCGUCUGCACCAGAGCUUGUGGAGUUUGGCCCAGAAUUUGCACAUUUUUUUCCCUGAACCCAAAAUGAUUGAUGACCUGUAGGUGCUUGUUGCCCACAACGUCCAGAACAGCUGAUAAUUCGUCAUUAUUUGAUCCUGUCCUGAUCGACAGCACUGUUUCCUAACAGAGUUAGUACAGCAGGGACCUCUCCGGGUUGGUAAAGGACUACGGAGGAGGUCUGAGAUCAGAUUGGUGCUUUUCUGCUCAAACGUUAGCUGCGAAGGUAUCUCCACGAGCUUCCACAAAGUGCUUGCUAGUCUCACCAUAAAAUGCUAAUAACAAUAAAAAGAAAAAAAUGACUAUUAAUUGAGCACAGAAAAUGAGUGAUGAGAAAAUAUGUUAAAUAAUUAAGCAAAUGAGUAACAAAAACAAGGCUAGCUAAGCUAACAAGGAUAAAAUUGUUGAAAGUCUAAAUGAGGUGAUAAAGCAGAGGAUUGUGGGUAUGGGACGUCCUCGCCAACAGUAAACAGAGUCUUUAUCCCGAGCUGGCUGAUUGGCUGCGCUCAGGUCUCUGUUUUUGGAUAAAGGUGGUUGUGAUGUGGGCUGACAGUAAUAUAUUUACCCUGAUCUUUUUAUUUCUUCCUGCUUUGUGUUUAUGGGGAAGCUGGUUUGAACGUCUCGUGUAAGAGUCAUUACUGCUCUGCUCGGGAUGCUGGUGGGGUGUUUCACUAUUUUUUGGUAUUUUCUACAAAACACGAUCAAGAAUUUUGCAAAGUUUGCUUUUUUGUUUGAAAUGUUUGAAAUGUUGUUGGUUGUAAAAAUCAAUGCAAGUGAUGAGUUUAUAUUUGGUUUUGUAAAACUGAUCCUUCCUAAUUCCCGGUCAGAACUAUUGUAGAUUAGCUAGCUAGUUAGCUAGUGUUUUGCUCUAUAUCAAAAUACUAGCUAACUAGCUAACUAACCAGCUAACGAUUGAUGUAGAUUAGUUAGCUAACAUUUUGUUGAAAUUAGCUAACCUUACUCCUCACUUUUAUCUUUUUAACCAUCUUCAAAAAUAUGUCUUUCCAACAUAGAUUAGCCAAGCACAUAGCAUAGCACAUAGCAGAGGUUCCAAAAGUGGCUAAACCCCUCCCCUGAAUAGCGAUGUCCAAUCAUUGCUAGGUGCCACAGGCCCGUUGGAGCAGUGUAUAUCAACAGUAACUAGGGAGGGCGGGGCUUAACAAACGCUCAGUUAGUUACGGUUAUAAUUUUCCCGCCCUGCACUGUUAUGUUUUUUUUAAGUAGUAUUAUUUUUCCUCAGAUUUCAGUCGUGACUGGCAGCUUUGCUGAGAACAAAAAUGCGAUGAAAGCAGGUCGCUAGUUUGUAUGAUUGUGUAAGUGUGCUUGGGAAUAUUAAAAACAAAAACAUUGCUACAGUAUGAAUUUACCCAUAUUGGGUUUGCAUCAUGAAUUAAUGUUUACGGUUGAUGAUCAUUUAAAAACAAAUUAAUCCAAUUAACAAUCACAAUGAAAUAACUGCUGGAACACUUCGGUUAGAACAUGAUGCGUGUUUUUGUUUUCUUCAACUGGCAUCUUAUCCACUGCCUUCUGCGUUCGUCAUCCUCUCAAUAUUCUCCACCGACACUAGGUGUCACUACUGUCGUCAUCAAGUUGUCAGUAAAAUUUCGAUCUCUUCAGCAGUUGUUAGUUAGGGAUGCACUGAAAAAACUUCAUACUGUCUGAACUAAUCUGAAUACUGAUAGCUUUGUUACCGUAGCAUCAGAGCAGACUUAUUUGGUUAUUAUUACAACCCUGAAAACUUGGUUUCAUAUCUGAAGUCUUUAGAAAAGUCAGCACCUCCAGGAAGUUGCAAACGCACAAUUUUGCAGUUUUGUUCAAUCGCCACAACUUUUUCGCAAACAAGUUGGCUUUGUUUUUAAUGAAUUAUACAAGAAAAACAGCAUUUACAAUUUUCUCUUUCUCCCGCAAUUUUAUUGCAAAAAAAUACCUAAAAACAUCGCAGUUUUUUGAAAAGCUGCUGUGAAAUCAGAUAUUUUAGGCCGUUAACAAUCCUGGAGGAACUGGAUAAUCAAAAUAAGCAGCAAUUUAAAAAAUACACUACCAGAUGUUUCUGGAGAGUUGUCGGGACUGUGAUUUGACCAACUGAGAAGAACCUAAAGUUAAAACAGACGUAAUAAACGCGAUCAGCAGCUCGGUAGCAUCUGUGCGUCCCAAAUCUGACGAGGUAGAUAUUGCGUCAUGACGGAGAGGCUAACUGCACUGUUAAAACGUUUUACAAGGAUAUUUCUACGUUUAAACUAGACUAAUAUAAAGCUUUUUAGGGUUCUGCAGGACUGACAUCAAAUUACAACUCAGUCAUUAUUUUAUUCACAAAAGAUGCUUUUAAUGAAAUAUCUGUUCAAGUUCUACAUUAUUAUUCUAUUAUUAAAUUUAAUUAUUUAUACUUUUGGAAAAGUAAAUUUGAGAUUAAAAACAAUAAAAAAAACUAAAAGAAACCUUCCUGAGUCGACAGAAUGCAGUGAUUUGAAGUCAGUCCUGCUGUUGUGUUUGAGGGGUUUGAACUGAUUUAUAUUUAAUACCACUGUCUUUCUUUCUGCAUUACAAAAUAUGGACUAUUUUUGAUGUAUGUAUUCUUUCACCUAGAGAAUAAAAAUUAACUAUUUCAUAAGAUGAUUUCACCUUUUGAGCUGAAAUAAACAGACUUUCACAGUUCACAA